CAGUUCAGCAAUAAAGGGUCUCGUCGAGCAUGGGUAACAGCGACAGCAAGAGCAAGUUCCGCGAGAGCGUGUACAAGCUCAACAAUGAGGUGAUCAGCAGCAAGAACCUCGAGUUCUGGGACAAGCUGUGGCGCAUCCCCACGGUGGCCGAGGAGAUCUUCACGCUCAUCCAGCCGGACGACGUGCGCAUGCUGCGUCACCAGCAGCCCGAGAAUCUGGCGACGAUGCUCAAGCAGGCGGUCUCUCAGAUCGUACAGAUCGUGGACACGCCUGUACCAAAGUAUUACCAGCAAGCACUCAACUGCGUGCGUGUAUUGACGCGUUUAGUGCCCUUUAUACUCGAGGAGGGCGGCGACGAGUUCGUCGAGAAGCUUUUCUGGAGCGUGGAAGGGGAGGAAGGCGUGAAAUCCGGCGACGAAGAGGAUGAGACUAAGGACGAAACAACCGGAGCGGAACCACUGGCCAAGCAGAUGAUCCACGCUAUUAUGGGGCUUUUGUUCCUGCCAGAGUUCACAGUCUCUAUCCACGCGUACAAAGGAUACGGAGAGGAGCGACGCAGUGCCACACGCAGUGGCCAAAGCACGACUAGUGGAUCGUUGGUGUUUCCCAGUCUGUUGUGGCACUCAGGUGUGGGUUAUCCGGACGCAAGUGUGGUUAACUCUUCCAAUUACGACAGGAACAGGAAGGAGGUACUGGCGUUGCUGUUGACGUGCUUUUCAGGCAUUUUGUAUCAGACAGCAGAGACCUGCAGUCAGUGGAAGGAUAGAUUCCUGGAGGUGGCUACAGCUCCCGACUGCCCCUUUGCACCGACGCUGUUCUACUCGCUACUGAACAUCGUGGUGUCCUAUGAUCCCGUGGGGUGGGGGGUGCCCUACGCUGGCUCGAUUGUGUCGGACGAUCGCGAGCUGUUGGUGGACUUGUCACUGCAAGUUCUUCUGGUGCUGCUGGACUUUGGCCAGACGACUCAAACUAAUGUCGUAGCCACCUCCAAGCCGCAACAGGGAGGCUCCACUCCUGCAGCGAAGCGCAGGUCGUCGUCGGUCACGUCACGUUCGUCCAAUCCGGUAUUUGACGGUGUGCCGAACGUGUACCGUAACUUGCUGUCCGCACUGCAAAGACCGGAAGAUUUCCAGUUGAUCUUCUCAGGACUCUCGCGUCUAUUGAACAACUACCACCAGUCCAUGAGUACGCUUCUGCCGAACUCGAUCAAGCAGAUUAAGUGCCACCAGGAGCUUCUUGUGUUGCUGUGGAAAAUGCUGGAUGAGAACUCGGAGUUCUUGCAGUAUGUACUCAAGAAAGCAGACGUGAACCAGUUGGUGGUGCCGCUGUUGUUCUUGAUGUACGAGGGCAGACAGGAACCCGCCAAGGUGGGGAUGAUCCACAUUUGCACCUUCAUUUUGCUGUUAUUGAGCGGUGAACGUGACUUCGGUGUGAACCUCAACAAACCGUUCAACAACCACCUCCCACUGGACCUGCCUCCGUUCUCUGGAAACCACGCUGAUCUGCUGAUAGUGUGCCUGCACAAGAUCAUUGUCAGUGGCUACGAGAAGCUCAACUCGGUGUACAACUGCUUCCUGACCAUCAUCUGCAACAUCUCACCGUACUGCAAAAAGCUCAACAUGGUGUCGGCGGUGCGUCUACUGCGAUUGUUCAAGCUGUUCGCACAGCCGAGAUACCUUUUCGACAACGAAGCGAACCACCACCUCGUCUUCUUCCUGCUUGAGGCAUUCGACAACAUCAUUCAGUACCAGUAUGAGGGCAACCAGCAAGUCGUGUACGCUAUGAUCCAGAACAAGAACGUCUUCUACCAGCUCAAUGACCUGCAACUUCCACCUAUUCGCGCAUCAACGGAGAGCAAGAAGCCCGUGAAGAAGGAAGGUGAGGCAGCAGAGGAGCAGGAGGAAUCGCAGGAGUUUGUCCCUACAGUUGAGUGGCUGACUGCCUGGAAGAAGAAACUUCCCUUGACGACGAGUCUUCGUCUGCUCCAGUACCUCAUUCCUCAGCUAGAGGAAGCCUGUAAAAAGGCUGGAGGCAGUCUGGAUGAAGAUGCGAUGCUGUAUUUCCUGCGUACGACCACGAUGGUUGGUCUGUUGCCUGUGCCACACCCGAUCGUGAUCAGAAAGUACCAGAUCAACCAGUUCACGCACCUGUGGUUCACUACGUUCACGUGGGGUGUCAUCUUCCUGCGCAACCAGGUGCUGCCUCUCUUUGACGGCGGAGCCAUCACUCUGUUCACCAUCAGCGUCCUAUAAGAAGAAAGGUAAACAUGGUAAGUCACGAUCGAAGUGGACAGGCCAGGACUGACAACAAAUCGCCCUAUGCGUUAAUGAAACAGUGAGUUCGAUAUAUCAGCUAAGCUUUGAUGCAGCAUAGGCAAGGCUAUUGAUACAACUCGAGCUCUGUCGGACUGCCCUAGCUGUCUGUAAUCUGCAGGAUGAACGGGUCAGUCCUGCGUACGUCUCUCCGUCACGGCAUUGGCACGGACAGGAAGUGAAGAAGGAACUUCUCCAUCUUUUCCGCUCGCUGAACGGCGUUUGCUUGUGCGACCUCGAACUCGUGGGCAUCUCGACGUAGUCGCUCUUCGGGGGGACCGUUCUUUGAAGGAACGAGUAUAUUAGACUGGUUGGAGCCUACGCUUGACACUGUCGAGGCUGUAGAUGAGUGGGAGUUGGGCUGCUGGUGCUCAUCAAGAGCCAAGACACGCCCUACACUCGAGUCUUUGCCAAAGUUCCGUCUACACGGCGACACGAGGCACCGACCGAAGACGAACGCCAGCUUCUCAGGUGACAGUUUGUUUGUGGCUCUGUGUUUGAUCACUUCUCGUAAGAAAGACACCAAGUACACCACCACGUUGUAUCGCACUGGAGGUAACCCAUCCAGCAACGCUCGACAUCCUUGUGCCAUGUUGCCGUUCGUACUUGCUACGGCGGCUGCCAGCGCUUCGUCCAGCACCACACUUUGCCGUAAAGCUUGAAGCCAACGAACCAGCAACUCAGCCGUGGAGUAGCCACUGUGUUGAGGAAACGGAGCGCCUGUGUCCAGAGCUUCUCGUAGCUGUACAAUCUCCAUUUUACUACCCGCUUCAACAAACAAAUUCUUCUCGUGCAUGUAGUUCUCGUAGAUGUCGUUCACCAUUCGCCAAAGUUCCUUCGGCACCUUCUGUGAAUCGCUCGGUGUAG